AUGUCGAUUUUCAAGAGCGUAAAGACCUUGGGACAGACCUCGACAGAAAUAAAGGUUAGAGAAGCGACCGAUGACAACGAACUAAAUGGUGCCACGGGGUCUCUUAUGAGUGAGCUCUCGGUUCUGACGUACAGUCCCAAAACUUUACGGGAGAUAACUCAGGUGGUACGAAAAAGAUUGAGUGGGAACUACCGGAAAAGCUCACACGCCAACGCAAUUCAUAUUCUCAAGACUUUGACGCUGGUUUCGUAUCUCAUAAACAAUGGCUCUGACGAAUUUGUGUCCUGGAUACGAUCGUAUGCUUACCUUGUGAAUACUCUCAGAGAAUUUACAAUGGGUAGUCGUGGUAAUGAAGCCGCCGCGCAACAGAUACAAAGACUUGCGUUCUCAAUUUCUGAGCUCUUGCGCGACGAUGAGCUUCUACGACAGCGCAGAAGCGAUGUGACUCUUUUCCGGUCGAGCAUUUCGACACCAGGCAGAAAAUCCACGGAUAACAGCCAUCUAAGAAUGGUUGCGGGGAACACUGACGCUAGAACUUAUGGCAAUCACACAAGAAGCUUGGAUCUGAGCCGAUGGCAUGGCGAAAGUGGCCGUCGGCAGCCCAUAGACUCAAACAAAGGUCCGACGGUGGUUUUGAGGCCCGUACGAGAAGAAGAAAAUUUCGACUGGGAUACUACACUUUCUACCGGAUUUGAAGACGACAGAAGAGAGGAAGAGCUUUCGAAGGCAUCUGCGUACAAGCGUCGGGGCAUAACGCGACGGCUAUCCAAUCGUUUUAUACUUUGA